AUCCCGAUCAUCUCGUCUCUGUCUCCGAUUACAACUGCUGUUCCAUUGAUUUUUGUGCUGUCAAUAACAGCAGUCAAGGAUGCCUAUGAUGAUUGGCAAAGACACAGAAACGAUUCAAAGGUGAACAACAGGAAAGCUUUUGUUCUGAGGCCAGGGAAAGGACAGUUGGUGGAAGAGAAAUGGAGUCAGGUUUUGGUUGGGGACGUUGUGAGACUGUCCAGUGAUGAUUUUGUCACCGCUGAUUUGUUGCUGCUGUCCACAUCUGAGCCGAAUGGACUAUGCUACAUAGAAACUGCUGAGUUAGAUGGAGAAACAAAUUUGAAGGCUAGACAGUGCUUGCCUGAAACACAUGAUGUACUUGGCAAUGACCCCCAGCUUCUGAGUGCCUUCAAUGGAGCAGUUUGGUGUGAACCACCCAACAACAAUUUGUCAAGAUUUGAAGGCACUCUUGAAUGGGACCACCAGAGCAAUUCAGGAGAUGUUGAGGUAACAAGCAACAACAUCAGCAGGGCCUCAAGUUCUAAUAACAUCAGCAGACUAGCAUUGGACAAUGACAAGGUGUUAUUGCGAGGUUGUGUUUUGCGCAACACCCAGUGGGCUUAUGGCCUGGUGUUGUUUGCUGGACAAGACACCAAAUUGAUGAUGAAUUCUGGGAAAACCAAGUUCAAGCGAACAUCCAUAGACCGGCUCAUGAACGUACUCAUACUUGGGACUGCCAUCAACAUUGGCUAUUCUUGUGAGCUCCUCACGGAUGAAAUGCAUGAUGAAUUCAUAGUAGAUGCUUCAAGCUACAAAGAUGUGGAAGCCCAGUUGGGAAAGUACAUUGAAGUUAUCAUGCAAUCACAAAAUGGCGGAGGGAAAAUGGGCGCAGGAAAACAGGUGAAAGGCUUGCUCAACAAGAACAAUGACAAGAACCUAGGAAGCAGAAACCAGUUGCAGGGAAUAAGAAACAAAUCAUUCACUUUUGAUGAUGACAUCCUGGUGCCAGAAGACAAUGAACCUGGCCCAUCAUCUGCUUUUGCUCUCAUAAUCAAUGGUCACUCUUUAGUACAUGCUCUCAAUGCCAGAAUGGAGAGACUCUUUCUGGAUGUUGCAACCAGAUGUAAAGCAGUGAUUUGCUGUAGAGUGACACCCUUACAAAAGGCCUUGGUGGUUGACCUGGUCAAAAAAUACAAGAAGGCUGUGACCCUUGCAAUUGGGGAUGGGGCAAAUGAU